AUGCCACCUGCCAGGAAAGGAAAGGUCAAGGAGGAACAGCCCGUCGUCGCUUUGGGCCCACAAGCCAGAGAAGGCGAGAAUGUUUUCGGCGUCGCCCACAUCUUCGCUUCCUUCAACGACACUUUUAUCCAUGUUACGGAUAUCUCGGGUCGCGAAACGAUCGUGCGUGUGACUGGUGGAAUGAAAGUCAAGGCUGAUCGUGACGAGUCGUCUCCAUAUGCCGCUAUGCUUGCUGCCCAAGAUGUCGCUGAACGUUGCAAACAGCUUGGAAUCAACGCGCUACACAUCAAGCUUCGCGGCACGGGCGGUACCCGCACCAAAUCGCCGGGGCCUGGUGGCCAAUCAGCUCUCCGUGCGUUGGCACGCAGUGGCCUGAAGAUUGGCCGAAUCGAAGAUGUGACGCCGAUCCCAUCAGACAGCACGCGCAGGAAGGGCGGGCACCGUGGUCGUCGCCUC